GGUGGCGCUGGGUGUUUUCUUCUUCCCGUCAUUCACACUUGAUAGUUUUUUACUUUUUACAUUUCGGUAGUUUAGUUGGCUGUAAAAUUAUUUUCGUAAUGGCUGCCACGCUAAAAGUGUAGCUCAUUGGUUAUGUCAUGUAUAUAAAAUCAUUAUUCGUAAGUGUUACAUGUGUAAUUCAACAAGUGUUAUGAACAAUGAUCGCAUGAAAGGAGUCUAGUCUCAUUCUCGCAGGGACGUUUCUUCUUUCAUGUUUCCUUUUUUGGCAAUUAAGUUAUGGACUCGGCGUUUGUGUACUAUAUGUAAUAAAAACAUAAUCUAUGCGUCGUGAAAAGUGUUCUCUGGGACCAUAUUGAGUGGAAAGUGUUUCGAGAGAGUUGAAAAUGACGGAUACGCGUUCGUCGUCUGCGUUGUUCAAGCGCGCGGAGCAGCUGCGGCGAUGGGAGGAAUCCGACACCAAUAAACAGAGCCCGACUCCUAAGCGGGCGUCGAGGAUCCAGUUUUCCUCGGGGAUUGUGUUCCUGGCGGCGUGCACGUCGGGUGACAAGGACGAGGUGCAGCGCCUUCUGAAAGCGGGAGCCGACAUCAACACUGCGAACGUGGACGGGUUGACAGCUCUGCACCAGGCAUGCAUCGACGACAACCUAGACAUGGUGGAGUUCCUCGUGGCUCACGGCGCGGACGUGAACCGCGGCGACAACGAGGGCUGGACGCCGCUCCACGCCACCGCCUCUUGCGGCUUCCUCAGCAUAGCCAGGUAUCUCCUGGAGAGCGGAGCGGACGUCGCAGCAGUGAAUUAUGACGGUGAACUCGCGGUCGACAUCGCCGAGAGCGACGCAAUGGAACAGCUGCUACAGAAGGCUAUCGAUGAGAAAGGCAUCGAUUGCGAGAAGUCUCGUAACGCCGAAGUGGACAACCUGCUCAGCGACGCCAAGAAUUGGGCGGCGAACGGCUACGUGGAAGUCAGGGAUCCCAAGACCGGCGGCACGCCACUCCACGUCGCCGCCGCCAAGGGAUAUAUCGAUGUGGCCAAGAUGCUGUUGGAAGAGUGUGGCGCGGAACCUGACUGCGUGGACUACGAGGGUUGGACGCCGCUGCACGCCGCCGCGCUCUGGGGGCAGAAGGAGGCCGCCGCACUACUCCUCAAGUGUGGGGCCGAUCCGCAUCUCAAGAACUACUCGGGCCAAACCUGCAUGGACCUGGUGGACCCGAGCAUAUCGUCGUGGCUCGGCGAGGCCACCCUGAAGGCGCCGCGUCGCGUCAACAACAACAACAAACGCAAGCUCUCGCCGCCGCGGCACGAGGUCAAGCGGGUCGAGCUACAGAUCACAGGGGACGUGAUUAAUGACAAACCGCCGGUGCCUGAGAUCAUUAAGGACAGUAAGCCGCCGAAAGGGCGCGCGCCAUCACCCGACGCUGAAGAGGAGGCGCCAUCAUGGCGGCGCACGGCCAGCUUCCGGAAACAGGAGGUCACACGCGAGAAUAAACCGGCUAACAACACCGUGGACAACGACACCAUACUCAGGAGGACGCAUAGUUUCGAAAACGACAAGACUUUCUAUCAGCGCUACCGCGACGUGACGGCGCGUAUAAAGGCCUCCUCCUGCCCCUCUAUACCCCCGCCGCCGCUCGCUGAGAAGGAGACUAAUGAUACUAACGUGGACGUGCAGACAAGAAUAAACUCGACAGCGGAGAAGCGAGAGCGAGACGCCAACACAUGGAGUCCCACGUCCACCGCCGCCAAUACCAACACAACCAAUACCAAUACCACAACACAGACCACUGUCAGGAGGUCAUUCGUGCCGCCAGUGCGCGACGAGGAGAGCGAGACGCAACGAAAGGCGCACGCCAAGCGAGUGAGGGAGACAAGGCGAUCGACGCAGGGCGUCACGCUCGACGAGAUCAAAUCCGCGGAGCAGCUCGUCAAGAAAAAGACUGGCAAUGGCACCACAGAGUCGCCCGCGCCGGCUAGUCCCAAGAAAGAGGAACCUUCACCGGCCCCCGUUGAAAACAACUCGACGCGGGACGUGGCGGUCACCGUCGCGCUGGCGUGCGCGACCGCCACCGCCACCGCGACCAUCGCGCCGCACGAGCGCCGCCCAUCGUGGCGGCUCCGGCUCGACCCGACCAAUAAGUUUGAGCUGGAGGAUGCGGGUCGGCCGCGCUCUACGGACGCGACCGUCACGCUGCCGCUGCGGCGCCCGCCCGCCGCGAGUACGGCCAACACCGCCUCGCCGCCGUCUAAGGAGGAGAGUCGCGCCGGCGAAGAUGAAAAAGAGCGCGAAAGCAGUUCGGAGAGCAAAUCAUCAUCGAACGCCUCCCCCGCGAGCACGCAGGCCGCGAUGAACGUGAUCCAGCGCCGGCGCAGGCCCAAGCGGCGCUCCACCGGCGUCGGCCACGUCGACAUGGACGACAUUGUGAAUGAUCGCGGCGGGGGCGGAGAAGGAGAUGGCGAAACAGAAACUGUGCAGUCGGGAAGCGAACGCACGGAGGACGGCGAGGACAUCGACUACAAGGCGCUAUACAUCGCGUCCUCCAGCGAGGUCCGCCGCCUGCGCGCCCUGCUGGCCACCUCCGAGCAACAGCUGCGCGACGCGCGCGCCACCAUCGCGCGCACCAGCCAAGUGAAUCAAAAUUCGCUGUCAGACAUCGAGAAACGUGAGAAGCGAGCCAUGGAGAGGAAACUAUCCGAAAUGGAGGAAGAAUUAAAGCAAUUGCAAAAGCUUAAAGCAGAGAACGAACGGCUGAGGGCCGAGAAUCGCGCCCUGACGCGGGUCGUCAGCAAGCUUACCAACUCGGCCACCAAAUAGUACCAACAAGCGCUCCAAGCCGAAAACCAGCGGCUAAAGGACGAGAACGGAGCCCUAAUCCGAGUGAUCAGCAAACUGUCCAAGUGAGCGCGGGCUUGCACAGGGAGGCAUUUGAACAGUAUUUAGCGGCACU